AUGGAAGAAUUGUCUGAUGAAGAGUUGGAGAAGGCGAAAGAAACAGCCAAUAAAUGGUCCAACAACAUUCCUCCUCCCGAGAUCCAAGCACAAGUCGCCGGUAAGAAGGGACCCGCAUACAUGGAGCACUUCUCCAAUGAGAUGUGGAGACAAUGCGGGAUGAGAGUGUUUGUAUUGUCUGCCUGGAAGAAUGAGCAGGGCCAAGUGCUAUUCGGAACGCAUGAUGAUAAUGAGGCAUUGGGAGAUGGGGACAGCUUCAUGAAGACAAAGGACUGGAAGGAUAUUGAACCAAUUUGGCAGGAGUAUGCACAAGCACAGUUUGGUGCUGAGGCAAGGGAUGGCGAACGACAGGAGAAGGGACAUCGAAAAAGACCUAGGAAACUGGCCUUCGAACUGGACAUGAAUGAGGAAGGCAUCCCUUCACUUCCAGACACCAUGCAAACAAAGCUCGAGGAGAAGAAGGCAAUAGCUGUUGUCCCUUGGAGCGCCAUCGUAGAAUGUGAGGAUGACUUCGUAUCACCGAUGUAUCUUCCGAGCAGGGUGCAUUUGAAGGACCCUUCGAAGUUGCAAAACUCCGAUGCAACAGCCUUGCUGAACUUCUGGUAUGCUCGCCAGGAGAAUGGUGAUGAUCCGAUCUUCCUGUUCAAAGCAUGGAAGAACAAAGUCAGCAACAUGAUGAAACCAGUCUUGACCGGGGGAUCAGACAAGUCUCAUGCUUGCAUCCCUCACCGGGGCAUCAUGAUCAGGAGGCCACAGGAUUCAUCAAUGGAAUCCGAGAUCAAUGGUCGGCUGCACCAUGCCCUCGCUGCCAAUGCCCACUGGCUCUCCAAAAACAACCAAGUGUCAUUGGAGGAUGAUAGUCCGGGGGAUGAUGACUCUGGCAUGGAUGAGGACAGUGCUAGAACCGUCCAUAAGGGGGUUCAGGUAGUGCCAGGACUGCUGUCAGCCCGGAACAUCGGGCAAGGAGUGCAACACCCGCUUCUGAAGCCUCGCCCAGUGAGGCCGGCAAGGCCAGUGCAAUGGGCUGCUGGUCCGCUGCUGGGGUCACAGAUGGGAGAUCUCCUCGUGGGGUUGACUUGUGCAAACCGAGGAGUUGACCGUCAAAAUGAAGCUGUGACUGAGGAGGAGACACAUGUGUCCCCGGUGCCAAAGGGAAUCCAGCAACAGAAAAAGGUGAUUGUGGGACCUCUGAGCAGAACUCAAAGUAAGACCAUGGAAAAGUCAUUAGAUAUUCCUAGGAGAGUCACUAGAGCGAGGGCAGGGAAGUAA